AUUUGAUCUCUUUUUUCACCUGUUCUUCGUAACCAAACUCAUGCAGCCCAACUGUUCGACAUAUUGCCCGUGUGAUGUAAUAUAAUCUGUCUGGUCAUCAGCACGAAGGAUCGAUCCGAGGAAGCUUAAAACGAUGCCUUUCGGGUUAGUUUCGGCUUGGAACAAGCGACGGAGAAGCAAAUCUCAGGAUCAUACCGACCCAUGGGUUUAUAAGCCGGUUGAGUGCUGGCAGAUUGAGGAGAAUCAGAUUCCCAGGCCAGGAAAGAGACGACAGGGAUCAUCGGUGUUCACGCUCAAGGAGAUGGAGGAAGCGACGCGUUGUUUCAGUGAUGAGAAUCUGCUUGGGAAAGGAGGGUUUGGCCGAGUUUAUAAGGGCACUCUUCGAUCAGGAGAGGUUGUUGCAAUCAAGAAGAUGGAUCUUCCGGCAUUCAAAGAAGCCGACGGAGAACGCGAGUUUCGCGUAGAAGUCGAUAUCUUAAGCCGACUUUACCACCCGAAUCUGGUGUCAUUGAUAGGUUACUGUGCAGACGGAAAACACCGGUUUCUAGUCUACGAAUACAUGCAGAAAGGGAACCUGCAAGAUCAUCUAAAUGGUAUCGGUGAAACGAAGAUGGAUUGGCCUUCGAGGCUGAAGGUGGCCAUCGGAGCAGCUAGAGGGCUUGCUUAUUUACAUUCCAGUUCUGCUGUUGGGAUCCCUAUUGUUCAUAGGGAUUUCAAGUCUACCAAUGCUCUUCUCAAUGCCAACUUUGAAGCCAAGAUAUCUGAUUUUGGAUUAGCCAAACUGAUGCCAGAGGGUCAUGACAUUUAUGUGACAGCCAGAGUUCUUGGUACAUUUGGCUAUUUCGAUCCCCGAAUACACUUCGACGGGGAAAUUAACUUUACGAAGCGAUGUUUAUGCGUUCGGAGUGGUUCUCUUAGAGCUUUUAACCGGACGCCGAGCUGUUGACAUAAACCAAGAACCGAAUGAUCAAAAUCUUGUCCUCCAAGUUAGACACAUAUUAAAUGAUCGGAAGAAGUUACAGAAGGUGAUCGAUCCAGAGAUGGCUCAGAAUUCGUACACCAUCGAAUCCAUCGCUAUGUUCGCGAACAUGG